CCUUCUUCGUAUCAUCAUCAAAGUCUUUUGUGAAUUUGGUUUGGUUUAUCUAUACAUAGCGUUUAAAUAAACUUUGUGUUGUAAGAAAGUAUAGUGCAAUGGCAUCUCAACAGGAGAAGAAGCAGCUGGACGAGAGGGCGAAGAAGGGAGAGACUGUCGUACCAGGUGGCACUGGAGGCAAAAGCUUAGAAGCUCAACAACAUCUCGCGGAAGGGAGGAGCCGAGGAGGACAAACUCGAAAGGAACAGUUAGGAACCGAAGGAUAUCAAGAGAUGGGGCGCAAAGGCGGUCUUAGCACUGGAGACAAGCCUGGUGGUGAAAACGCUGAGGAUGAAGGAGUCGAGAUAGACGAAUCCAAAUUCAGGACCAAGACCUAAUAUUUAAAUCGAAACUUCCUUCCCACGGAUGUAAUAUUGAAAGAAUCCGGUUUAAAGUCUUUUCAUGAAGUAGUUAUAGGUUGUGUUUAGUUUCUUCAUGUCGUACGUAAGUCCUUGUUUAGUUAACGGGAUGAUGAUGACCAUGUGAAUCUUCGUCUACGUAAGUGUU